UCUCUACUCUUCUUGGGGUCCUCUUCAGAUCCCUACCGUCUACCAAGGUCCCCUUUCUCUCCGAGGCUUUCCGCAGCUUCAGGCUUCCAGCCGAUCAUAACAUCGCCUUGCAUAUUACCCCAAACUCGCCAUCAUGGAGGUCCUUCUGGGUAUCACGGGCAAGGACUUCACCAUCAUCGCCGCGUCGAAAGCCGCCAUGCGGGGCGCCACCGUCCUCAAAGCCACCGACGACAAGACCCGGGUACUGAACACGCACACGCUGAUGGCCUUCUCCGGUGAAGCUGGCGACACGGUCCAAUUCGCCGAAUACAUCCAAGCAAACAUCCAGCUGUACUCGAUGCGGAACAACAUGGAGCUGUCGCCUGCAGCCACCGCCAACUUUGUCCGAGGAGAGUUGGCACGAGCGUUGCGAUCACGGAGACCCUACACAGUGAACCUGUUGCUGGGCGGCUACGACACGAUUGCAGACAGGCCAACGUUGUACUGGAUCGACUACCUAGCGAGCAACGCACCAGUUCCAUAUGCCGCACAUGGAUACGCCCAGUACUACUGCCUCUCUCUGCUCGACAAGCACCACCACCCAGACAUCGACUACGAGCAGGGUAUGAAGAUCCUGCGGAUGUGCACAGAGGAGUUGAAGCGCCGUCUUCCAAUCGACUUCAAGGGCGUCUACGUCAAGGUGAUAACGAAGGAUGGCGUCAAGGACGUCGAAUACGAGGACGAUGUAAAGGUUAUGGUGCCGUAGGGCCAUACUACGGUAGUUUGAGGCGGGGUACAUCGAAAUAUGGUGACUUGAACAUCAAGUCUACUAUAUCGUCGUAGGCAGCGCGGGGCGGAUAUGAUCAACGCGUCCCAAAGCGCAGGCUACAUAACGAUUCUGGAAUCAUGAUAGAUACGUUAUGAUUUAACGAUAAACUCCUUCAGAUGAGAGAGCUCGCUGCUUUUUGAAUGAUUUCCACUUUUUGUAAUGUUAAUAGUGAUAUUGAUGCGUGG